GCGGUGACGUCACCAGCUCCCGUGUCCUAGCGCUGUCAUCUACCGCAUUCCUGGCUCCGCCCAACGCGUGUGCUGGAUAGGAAGGGGCGGUGAUCUCGGGAACCAAUCAGGACGCGGGAUAAUCUGAGGUGGCACAGGUGGAGUCGGUGCUAUUCUUCUGUAUUUUAUAAUGAGUACAAGUGUGAGAGAAUGCCUUGAACUUCAGCUCUUAGAAAUGGAUAUGCUCUUCUCAAUGUUUCCUAGGAAAGAGGACAUUGUCGUCAAAGGUGUGAAUUCACUUUCCAUCUUACAGAGGUAUUUAGAAGGAACAUACGAGUCCCUGCCACCAUCCAUUGAAUUUAAUGUAUUUAUUAAAACUGACGAUUUAAAGGAGAAAACUGAGCUGCAUGUGUAUCUCCCGCACAGUUAUCCUACAAAGGAGCCGCAGUUGUUUGUCCGGUCCGGCGCUUUGGACAAGCUGCAGCACAAUGAUCUCAAUAAAUGUCUAACAACCUAUAUAAAUUCACUGGAGCGUGGAGAUCUGUGCAUUACAAAUGCUAUACAGUGGCUGACAGACAAUAUAUCCUCCUAUGUGGAGAAGUCAAAGCUCAACAAUGGGAAUGAAGCAGACGUGAAAAAGGUUUCUAUUACUUUUCAUCGCAUGUGGAUCUAUAGCCACCAUAUAUACCGACAGGAAUUAAGGAAAAAGAUCUUGGACUGUGCUAAGCAACUACAUUUGACAGGGUUCUGCUUGACCGGAAAGCCAGGUGUGAUCUGUAUAGAGGGGGAUAAGGAGCGAUGUGAGGAGUUCUGGCGGGACAUCCGCUACCCCAACUGGAAACACAUCUCAUGUAAGCACACGGAAAGCCAAGAGGUGACUGACUCCAUGGACAGUCUUAGACUUUUCCAAUCCUUUGAAGAGCUGACUUUUGAAGCACAUGGAGACUAUGGACUGAGGAACGAUUACCACAUGGACCUAGGGCAGUUCUUUGAAUACCUCCGAAGGCAUCAGAGUGAACAUAUCUUUCAGAUUUUAUUUGGCAUUGAGGGGAAAUCCUCAUCAGAUUCAUUUGCCGAGUGAAACAAAGCAGCAGGAACAGACAAGUUCAAUGCAAUGAACCAGAGAAACCAUAAAUAAAGUGUUUUCUUUUUUGCCUUUGCAGCCACAUGAAAAUGAAAUAAAACAGUGUUGGAGGUAACAGACUGCAUUGAGAUCUA